UUUCUCUGCCUUUGUACAGGCGUGCUCGUCUCCACCGAUGACAAAGAGAGAGAGAGAUUGGUAGAUUUGUUGAUAGAGUGGUUUGUUGCGUGUGGGAAUCGAUAGUGUUCAUCUAUGAAAGUCCCAGAGAUGGCGCAGACUGCUGUCGCCUCUCCACCCUCCUCCAAGGGCCAAGAGUCGAUGGAUCGUCGAAUGAACAACUACGGGGAUGGUUAUGGCGAUGGCUACGAUGACCAAUCUCCUCGGAAAAAGAUGAGAGUGGACGAGGAACACCGGGAAAACCACAUACUGCUGAUGACAAUAGUCAAUCCUGCAUAUCCCAUCACCACGGAUGUCAUCCACACCAUCUCCAACUCAUACGGACAGGUUCUCCGGAUCGUGAUCUUCAAGAAGAAUGGCGUCCAAGCUAUGGUCGAAUAUCCUUUUCUCGCUCUUCCGAUCCAUACGUUCGACAGCGUGGAGACUGCUAGCCGAGCCAAAGAAGGCCUAAACGGAGCAGAUAUUUACUCAGGCUGCUGCACCCUCCGCAUCGAAUACGCCAAACCCAGCAAGUUGAACGUGUACAAAAACGACUCAGAGAGCUGGGAUUACACCAACCCCAACCUAGGGAAGCGGGAAGAACCGGAGCUGCGUCCUCGGAAGGUCCUCCUCCAAGAGCCCCCAUCCCGUGGGAUGUCCGGUCCAGGCGGGUAUGGUCCUGGACCCGGACCCAUCUCUCCUGGCCCCGGCCCUGGCCAUGGUGGCCCUGGACACCGAGGGGAUUAUGGUGGACCACGGGGUGGACCUGGGCCAUAUGGGCCCAGCUCCAGGGGUGGAGGAGAUUAUUCCCCGAUGAAUGGAGGCAGUAGCUAUGACACCUACAGCAUUCAGAUGGACAGGAGGCAUCCGUUCAAAGACGAUUACGGGUCCCCGACGAACGGGUAUGGUGGCCUCCGUGGGAACGGAGGAGGGGGAGGCGGAGGAGGGGGGGGAGGCGGCGGAGGAGGAUAUCACGGUGGACCAUCGGGACCCGGGCCAGGUUCCCUGAGUGUGAGUGGUAUGGGUGGUCCUCCGGGGGUUCCCCAACAGGGCUCCGUCAUGAUGAUCUAUGGCCUCAACCCUGAGAAGAUGAACUGCGAUCGCCUCUUCAAUCUCUUCUGCCUCUUUGGGAACAUCGUAAAGAUUAAGUUCCUCAAGAGCAAAGAAGGUUGUGCCAUGCUCCAAAUGGGUGACCCAGCUGCUGUGGAGCGAGCCAUUGCUAACCUCAGUGGCAUUUCUUUCUUUGGUUCAAAGAUGAUGCUCUCGUGGGAAAUAUCCAUACAUCUUGAAGCUGUGUUAUUCUGGCCGUCCUCCAUGGAGUUAGAAGUCCUGAUGGGUCACUGGCAUUUUGUGGAUCUCCUGACCAAUAUCCAAGACGACAUGUGA